AUGAACCUAUUUCAAUCCAAUGAGUCCGAUCCAAUCGAGACCUUGAACGAUGACCAUAUUUUUUUGCGAAUUUUAUUCAAAUUAAAAAUUUUUUUAAAAAUAAUUUUAAAACAAAACAUGUGUUCUAAAAUACGAGUCAUCGAUUUAAAUCGUCUUUCAUAUAAUACAGCUUUGUAUAUACAACAAAAAUUAUUUACCAAAGUUCAACAAGAAUCAUCUUCGUCGACGACAACAAAUUCCGUACCAAAUUAUUUACUAUUAGUUGAACAUGAACCAGUAUAUACUAUUGGUAUUCGUAGUAAACAAUAUUUGGAUGAAAAAUUUCAAGAAAAACUACAAAAUUUAGGAGCAGAUUUUUCGAUAACAAAUCGUGGUGGAUUAAUAACAUUUCAUGGUCAUGGACAAUUGGUUGCAUAUCCGAUUGUAAAUUUAAAAAAUUUUCCCAUCAUUCAAAAUAGUAUCAAAAAAUUUGUUUGCCAGCUUGAAUCAACUAUUAUUGAUGUUUGUGAAGAAUUUGGUAUCAAAUCUGCUAGAAUGAAUGGUUAUCCUGGUGUUUGGGUUGAUUCGGAUAGAAAAAUUGCUGCACUUGGUAUUCAUUGUAGUCGUUAUGUAACAAUGCAUGGUAUAGCUAUUAAUUGUAAUGUUAAUCUUGGUUGGUUUGAUCAUAUUAUACCAUGUGGUAUUGAAAAUAAAUCCAUUACAUCCAUAUCGAAUGAAUUGAAUAAAAAUAUUUCCAUUGAACAAGUAAAACCAUUAUUAUUAAAACAUUUUUGUGAGAAAUUAGAAUGUAAAAUUGAAAAACAUUAA